AUGAGUUCUGCUGAAGAUAGAGUCUCUUCCCAUAGCUCAAGAGCGGUUGAUGUUAUGGAAGAUAAGGAAGACAAAGAUGCUUUCGAAUUAACUAACCCAGAUCAACAAUACCAUGAAAUUGAAAACCCAAACUCGGGUUUUGCUGCCUAUAUGACUGUUUCUAUUUGUUGUAUUAUGGUUGCCUUUGGUGGUUUCAUUUUCGGUUGGGAUACCGGUACCAUUUCUGGUUUCGUCAACAUGUCUGAUUUCAAGGAAAGAUUUGGUUCUAUUAGUGGUGAAGGUAAGCCUUAUUUAUCUAAGGUUAGAACCGGUCUAGUCGUUUCCAUUUUCAAUAUCGGUUGUGCUAUCGGUGGUGUUACUUUAACCAAAGUCGGUGAUGUUAAAGGUCGUAAAGCUGGUUUAACUACUGUCAUUGGUACUUACAUCGUUGGUAUUAUUAUCCAAAUUGCUUCCAUCAACAAAUGGUACCAAUACUUUAUUGGUAGAAUUAUUUCUGGUAUGGGUGUCGGUGGUAUUGCCGUCUUGUGUCCAUUAUUGAUUUCCGAAGUCUCUCCAAAGCAUUUAAGAGGUACUUUAGUUUCCAUCUAUCAAUUGAAUGUUACCGCUGGUAUCUUCGUUGGUUACUGUACUAACUACGGUACUAAAACUUACACCAAUUCUGUUCAAUGGAGAGUUCCAUUAGGUUUAGGUUUUGCCUGGGCUUUGUUUAUGCUUGGUGGUUUGACUUUUGUCCCAGAAUCUCCAAGAUUUUUGCUGGAAAAGGAAAGAGAAGAAGAAGCUAGAGCUUCUUUAGCUAAGAUCAAUAAAUUGCCAGGUGACCAUCCAUUUAUUCAACAAGAAAUUGAAUUGAUUACUGCCAGUGUUGAAGAAUCAGCCAUGGCUGGUGACGCUUCUUGGAUGGAAUUGAUUAAGGGUAAACCAGCUAUGUUGAGAAGAACUAUGAUGGGUAUUAUGUUGCAUUCUUUGCAACAAUUGACUGGUUGUAACUACUUUUUCUACUAUGGUACUACUAUUUUCCAAGCUGUUGGUUUAGAAGAUGCUUUUGAAACUGCUAUUGUCUUUGGUGUCGUUAACUUUGCCUCAACCUUCUUCGCUUUGUAUACUGUUGAUCACUUUGGUCGUCGUGGUUGUUUACUAUGGGGUUGUGUCGGUAUGGUUUGUUGUUACGUUGUCUACGCUUCUGUCGGUGUUACAAGAUUAUGGCCAGAUGGUUAUGAUAACCGUGACUUCAACACUUCUAAGGGUGCCGGUAACUGUAUGAUUGUUUUUGCUUGUUUCUUCAUCUUCAGUUUUGCUACUACCUGGGCUCCAGUUCCAUUCGUUAUCAUUGCUGAAUCUUAUCCAUUAAGAGUUAAGGCCAAGGCCAUGUCUGUUGCUAUUGGUGCUAACUGGAUCUGGGGUUUCUUGAUUUCUUUCUUUACUCCAUUCAUUACCGAAGCUAUUAACUUCUACUACGGUUACGUCUUUAUGGGCUGUAUGGUCUUUGCAUUCUUCUACGUUUACUUCUUUGUUCCAGAAACUCAAGGUUUAACUUUGGAAGAAGUUAAUGACAUGUACGCUGACGGUGUCGUCCCAUGGCGUUCAUCUGAAUGGGUUCCAUUAAGCAAAAGAGGUCAAGAUUAUAACCCAGAUGCUCUUGUUGAGGAUACCACAAAGGCUCCAUUCUUCAAGAAAUUUAUGUCCAAGAAAUAG